AUGGUUCAGAUAGAGUUUGACGAGGGAACUGGUACCUUUCCUUAUUUCAUAGUCCUUCUCUACGGGAUAUUUCUACUAGUUAUAACUUACUUCCUUUGGCCUAAGAGCAAGAAAAGAGAUGACAGAGGGAGUGAGUGCCAGUGUGGGCCAUGUUGUCAGAAAAGAAAUAAAGUGGAGAAGGGACAGGCUAUAGAUAAACUAUUAAAAAUAAUACGUUAUUUAGUAUUAUUGGUGUGCUGGUUGUUCUUAUUUUGGUUGAUUUAUUGGGCAGUGACACAAGAGCCAGUUGGUGAAUCUGAAGAAUGGGAUCCAUUUAAAACACUAGGGAUUGACAGGGGAGCUACUGUGUCUCAGAUCAAGAAGCAGUACAAGUUAUUAAGUAUGACCCAUCAUCCUGAUAAAGGAGGGGACCCUGAGGUAUUCACUAAAAUAGCUAAAGCUUACGAAGCGUAAGUCCCUCCAUAAAGAGACUAUCAUGAUAUGCGUA